AUGGCACGAUCUUUGGAAGCAAGACUCCUAUUAGGGAAACGUCAGGGCGGCGGCGAUACCCCGUGGCGGCGACAUCGUCCAAAUCUUUCAUCUUCCACUGGCCAAGACACCAGGGCUGCAUAUGUGAACGACGACCUGGCUCUGAUUGCUGUCAUCAACUUGAAGGAAUACAAGCUUGGACCCAGUGACGCGUCGGCCCGUGGAGGCGUACUUUUUCCAGUUGCCUUCGUCGAGAUCCCUUGGACCGGGUACAGUGCAGAAACUAAUAGCCCAUGGAAGGAAUGCCAUCAGGAUUUCCUGAGAUGGUUGUUCGUAUAA